AUGCCACCAGAUCCCAAGUUAUAUUUACCACCAAAUGUGCCAUGGAGCGAACCUGCAUGGUAUCGGACUGGCAACUCGGUCUACCUCAACGCAUCGCACUGGAAAUUGAGGGAUAAUAUUCGCAAAUAUGUCGAUGAACAUAUUCUUCCAUAUGCCUUGGAAUGGGAAGAGAAAGGCGACGUUCCACGAUCAGCGGCACUGAGCUACUGCAAAUCUGGAAUUCCUUUUGAGGACGUACCAGAAGAGUUCCGACCUAAAAAUGUCCCCGAUCUAGCAGGAAUCCCCCAAGGUGAAUUGGACGCCUUUCAUUUUCUCAUUUCAACCGACGAAAUGUCUCGUGUUGAAGGCGGAGUUUCUAUUGCCCUCGGCGGCGCGUCUACGAUCGGCCUACCACCGGUACUUUAUUAUGGAACUCAGGAACAAAAGUCUCGUUGGUUUCCAGGACUAUUUUCGGGAAGUGUCAAUUUCUGCCUAGGUAUCACGGAGCCCGGUGGUGGUUCAGACGUGGCCAACAUCCAAACCACAGCUGAAAAGUCUCCAGACGGCAAGUUCUACGUUGUGAACGGCGCCAAGAAGUGGAUUACGGGUGCUCAAUGGGCAACCCAUAUGACUACUGCUGUACGAACUGGCGGUCCAGGUGCCAAAGGUAUUACCGUUCUCGAGAUCCCGCUCGAUAGCCCCGGCGUGUCUGUGACAAAGAUCUUCAAUAGUGGACAGAACGCCGGAGGGUCUAGUUUUGUGGAUCUCGAAAAUGUCAAAGUGCCGGUUGAGAAUCGGAUCGGUCCAGACAACGAGGGUUUUGGAAUCAUCAUGAAGAACUUCAACAGGGAACGAUAUGCGCUUGCAGUUGGGUGUAAUCGAAAGAGCCGUACCUGUCUUGCCAUGUCGUUCUCAUAUGCGAUGGAGCGUAAGACCUUUGGGAAGAAGUUGAUUGAGAAUCAAGUCAUACGGCGCAAACUCGCUGAAGUUGCACACCGCGUCGAGGCUCACUGGGCUUGGCUUGAGCAGAUCGCUUUCCAGGUGAAUUCAUCUAGUGAGGGAUGGCAGGAACCAAGCAUUGCAAGUCAGAUAGCCCUGGCCAAGAUCCAGGGCGGGCAGAUGGUGGAAUUGGCAUGCAGAGAAGCACAGCAAAUCUUUGGGGGCGCCGGCUAUCAGAAGGGCGGCCGAGGAGCGACAGUAGAGCAAAUCAGCCGUGACCUUCGGAUGCUAGUAGUUGGUGGCGGCAGCGAGGAGAUUCUUACAGAUCUUGCCCUCAGACAGGAGAUAGGGGCUUUCAGCAGGCAGGCAAAAAUGUAG